AUGGACGCCUCCUCCCUCCGCAUCUCCAAGUUCGAUGGAACUAACUUCCACGCCUGGAAGUUCAAGAUGCAGAUGGUGCUGGAGGAACGGGACCUAUGGGAGGUCGUCAGCGGUGAGAUCAAGGCGGAACAGUGCGUGACUCAGUUGGACCAAGCGACGUACAAGAGGAAGUCAAGAAAGGCGAUGGCAGUGAUCUUUCUAGCCAUGGAAGAUUCCCAGUUACCGUUGGUCCGGUCGGCAAGUGGUGCAUGCGACGCAUGGUCAAGGUUGGAAGACCACUUCGAGAAGAAGAGUCUUGCCAACAAGCUGUUCUUGCGCCGUCGCUUCUUCACGACAAUGAUGGAAGAAGGCGACGAUGUGCUCGAACACAUCAACAAGCUCAAGACGCUGGCGGAACAGCUAGAAGCGGUGGGGGCUCCAGUCUGCGAGGACGAUCUGGUGAUCACACUCCUCGGCAGCCUGAGUGACUCGUAUCAAUUCUUGAUCACAGCUUUGGAGUCGCGCUCAGACACUCUUAGCUGGGAGCUCGUGACGUCUCGACUGCUUCAUGAAGAAAUGAAGCGGAAGGAGCAAGGAAGUAAAGGUGAUGAAGCUUCGCAAGGUCAAGCGUUCAUCACAAGGGACAAUCAGCGCAAAGGGCGACCAGUGAAGAAGUCCUGGCCGUGCCACAAUUGCGGAAAGAUUGGUCACUGGAUGGCGGAGUGCCCCUCGCGCAUCCAAGAAAACACGGAGAGACACCGGCCACAGCGUGCUCAAGACAGCGGCGACCGCUAUCGAUCACAACGUGCAAACGUCGCUCAAGAAGAAGACUCGGGCGACUACCUCUUUUCGAUCGGUGAAACGACAUCUGCGAAAUCGAGCGACAUCUGGCUGGUCGACUCCGGGGCGACGCAGCACAUGACGUGCUCCAAGAAGUUCAUGCGGAACUACAAGGGGUUUGACGCUGUGGAUGUCCAUCUCGCGGAUGAUGGAAUCGUCCAAGCAAUCGGCAGUGGGGACAUUGUCAUGUCGAUGAAGACACCCCAAGGGAUGAAGAAAGGUGUGCUCACAAACGUGUGGCACAUCCCAAAGUUAUCCAGAAACCUGUUCUCGGUCGGCCGCUUCACCAAGGAUGUCGGCCCAGUGACGUUCACGAAGGAUGGGUGCUAUGGAAAAGCGAAAGGGACCAAGUGGAAAAUUGGUGCCCGUGAAGGUAAAGGACUGUUCAAGCUGCAAAUGACUCCAGUGGCGCCAGAACAAGCAAAUGCAGCCAAGUCGUCGGGAUGCCAAGGGGGCACCAAGUCGUACCUCUGGCACCUUCGGCUUGGCCACAUAGGUCACGAUGGACUCAAUUGCAUCGUGACGAAGAACAUUGGAAUUGGCAUCGACAUAUCUUCGGUGAAGAAGUGGGACGUGUGUGAAGGUUGUGCUCUGGGAAAACAGACUCGAGUGCGCUUCCAAUCAAACACUACAGCUCGCACCUCCAAACUCCUCGAAGUGAUUCACAGCGACGUAUGCGGACCGAUGUCGAUGGCAACUUUCAGUGGAAAACGGUACUUCGUGACAUUCAUUGAUGACAAGUCAAGAUACUGUGUCGUCUAUCUGCUCAAGAGCAAAUCUGAAGUUGCGGCGAAGUUCAUGGAAUACGCUGCGAUGGCCGAAACGCAAACCGGAAAGCGCGUGAAGUACCUUCAAAGCGACAAUGGGGGUGAAUACAAGUCCGACAAGCUGGCACGAUUCUGCGCGGAACGGGGAAUACAACAAAGGUUCACACCUCCAUAUACUCCUCAGCUAAACGGAGUAGCUGAGAGAAUGAAUCGCACGCUGGUCGAGUGUGCGCGUUGCAUGAUGGAACACGCUGGACUGGGAAAGAGCUACUGGGGUGAAGCAGUGAUGACGGCGAUGUUUCUUCGAAACCGCUGUCCAACACGUGCCAUUCACCAAGACAAGUCUCCAUAUCAAGUGUGGACGAUGAAGAAACCGAUUCUGGCCAACCUUAAAGUGUUUGGAUGCCACGCGUAUGUUCAAGUGCCUCAAGACAAACGCGCGAAGUUCGACUCCAAGUCAUCACUCUGUCGUUUCCUGGGAUACGCCGAACACCAGAAGUCAUAUCGAUUUGAGGAAGUGUCAACAGGAGCGAUCAAGAUCAGUCGCGAUGCCACAUUCAUGGAAGACAAGUUUGAUGAAGGUCCGCGCAACUACAACGAUGAGUCAAGUGUCGUUGAGUUUGAUGAUCAUGAUGAGGACGAAGAAAAAGAAGAAGGUAAAACUGACGACGACAUGGACUCGAGCGACGAUGACAACGAAGACACCAGGUCUUCGAAGAGCAACAUCAAGAGACACACGCGCACUCAAUCACUUGAGAAAGCUACCAUCAUUCCAAGUCCCAAGCGAAGAACAUACAGAGGUCCGUCGCUUGAGCAUGUGUCAGCGGCUGCAAUGGAUUUUGAAGCAGCCUACAUCGUUGAUUCAGUGGGGGAAACGCCGACUACAUUCAAGUCGGCGAUGGAAUCAAGCGACUCCGGCAAGUGGAAAGAAGCGUGUGACUCGGAGUUCGAUUCGCUUCAGAGAAACGACACGUGGGAAAUCGUGCCUCUUCCGAAAGGUCGCAAGGCCAUCGGGUGCCGAUGGGUUUUUCGUGUAAAGGAGAAUCAAGAUGGCGAAGUUGAACGUUUCAAGGCAAGACUUGUGGCCAAAGGAUUCUCACAGAAAUUCGGAGUUGACUAUGAAGAAACUUUCGCACCGGUGGCCAAGUUCACAUCGAUUCGUGUGGUGCUCAGUAUGGCGGCCAAGUACGGCCUAAUGCUACAUCAGAUGGACGUCAAGACAGCGUUUCUUAACGGCUCCCUCAACGAAGACAUCUACAUGGACCAGCCGGACGGAUCCUGGAUGCAACACAGCCGGACUAUGUGUGCAAGCUAA